GGGGAGCUCCCGCCCCGGAAGAAGGAGGAAGGAGCAGCGGGAGCAGGAGGGGGGAGCUCUGCAGCCGGGAUCCCAGCUGCGGGCCCGGGGAUGGGGAUGCCCCAGGAGACGGACACUGCUGACAGGCCUUGCACGUGAGUGGCAGGAGAGUGACGGCUGGGGCAAAAACUCCCGCGACAGAGACCAUGGCUGCUGAGCCAGGGCCGGAGCCCGCUCUGAGCUCCCUGUUCCCAGCACUGGCCCCGGCCCCGGCCUCGGAGCUGGCUCUGGACAAUGAGCUCCCCACGCCGGAGACGUGGCGACGGCGCUUCCGCGGCUUCCACUACCAGGCGGCUGCGGGGCCGCGGGAGGUGUGCAGCCGCCUGCGGGAGCUGUGCCGGGGCUGGCUGGAGCCCCAGCGUCUCAGCAAGGAGCAGAUGCUGGAGCUGGUGGUGCUGGAGCAGUUCCUGGCUGUCCUGCCCCGGGAGAUGCAGAGCUGGGCGUGGGGGCGCGAUGUGGAGACCUGCGCCGAGGCGGUGGCCCUGGCCGAGGGGUUUCAGCUGGAGCAGGCGGAGGACAAGGAGAUCCAGGUCACGGUGCGUGUGAAGGUCGAGGAUGCAGCCUCGGACAAGAUGACGCCCACGGAGGCAUUGUGGGAAGCUCUUGACUCCUGGCCGGAGCAGCCACAUCUGCAUCCUGAGCACAUGGCCCAGGAGGAGGCUGGAUGGGGUAAAACCCCAGGGCCCCCAAAGGAGCUGCUGCAUGGCCCCAGAGACGAGCUCCCAGCUCAGCAGGAGUCAGCACCCAACAGAAAGAUCCUUUCUCCUGGCUGGGCCCUGUACCACGGUCACAAUCAGCGGUUGUGGUCCGAUCACGCCUCUCGUGACCUCUGUGCUCGAGAACGGGCCAGCGCAGGUUUCCCCGGCGACUUUUUGGCUGGUUCCCGUUCAGCAGGAUUUGCUCCAGGUGCCCUCGGCACUGAAGAGACCGGGGACUGCUCAGCAGAUGAAAGCUCCUUGGCCUUGCUCCCUAGACAACACCCUUCUCCAGAAGCAGCAGGUGCAGUGACCCUGAGGAAAGCUGAGAAGCAGCCUCCUGAGGAAGGGCCUGCAAGCCUGGAGCUGCUGCCAACAUCCCCAGGGAGACUGGGGGAGAGGGGCUUCCCGACACCUGAGCCCAGCCUGCUGCAGAAGGGGCAGGGCAGGCCUGCAAAGCAGAGGGAGAGCAUGGAGCUCCGGGAGGCCUUUGAGGAUGUGGCUGUGUAUUUCACGCGGAAGGAGUGGGAACGGUUGGAAGAUGGAGACAAGGGGCUUUACCGGGACCAGAUGCUGAGGAAUUACCAAGCCCUCAUUUCCCUGGGCUAUCAAGGUCCUAUGCCAGACUUAAUCUGCCGCAUCCAGCGAGGGGAGGUGGAUCUCUGGGUCUGGGAUGAUGAGGACUGCGGAGAAAACUCGUGGUCCAAGGGCUCAUCCCCAGGUGCUGGGGAGCUCAGCGGGGAAGAGGAGCAGCCUCUUGAGGAAACCCUGGAGCUUCUGAAGACUUCCACAGGGCAAUCCGGGGACAGGCUCUUCUUGAAACCUGAGCGAGGCCAGUUGCAGGAAAGGCAGGCCACACCUGAAGAGCAGAGGGCCAACAUGGCCGUGAGCCAGGAACCCUCUCCAGAUGUCUACCACAGCAGUAUGAGGGCAGAGCUUGGAGAGAGCCAGAGGUUUGGAGAAGGCGUGGAGGAGCUGAAGGUCCCGGAGAUGAAGCUUCACUUGCAAGAGAAGUUACAGCCGAGCGAACCUGGGGUGGGGGACCUCUGGGGAAAGCAGCAACUUGCUAUCCAGCACGGAGAGCGAGCCCAGCACGGGAAGUUUUUGGAGUGCCUGUUGCACUUGGCCUUACACGAGAGAGCACGUGUGCUUCCCGAGCACGGGAAGUGCUCUGCUCACCCGGCCACCCCCAGCAAACUCCACCUGGGAGAGGUGCUGCCUGUCUGCACUGAGUGCGAGAAGACCUUCGUGGCCCAGCACCUGCACCUCCUCUCCGGGCAGCACCUGCAUCGCUGCGGGGACUGUGGGAAGACCUUUGGUGACCGCUCCCGCCUGGCCCGGCACCGGCUUAUCCAUACAGGUGAGAAGCCCUACCGCUGUCCAGAGUGUGGCAAGCGCUUCAACCGCUCCUCCAACCUGGCCCAGCACCGGCGCAUCCACUCAGGGGAGAAGUCCCACCGCUGCCCUGACUGUGGCAAGGGCUUUGGGCGCCCACAGCACCUGGCCCGGCACCGGCGCCUCCACUCCGGGGAGCACCCAUACGGCUGUGCCAAGUGUGGCCAGAGCUUUAUCUGCCCCUCAGAUCUGGCGCGGCAUCGGCACGUGCACGCCGGGGAAGGGCCACACCGCUGUGACCACUGCGGGAAGAGCUUCAGCAGCCGCUCCAGUUUGGCUCGGCAUCAGCGCAUCCACACAGGCGAGAAGCCCUACCAGUGCCCCGACUGCGGGAAGAGCUUCAACCAGGCUUCCCACCUGGCCAAGCACCGGCGCCUCCACUUGGGGGAGAAUUCGCUCAGCUGUCCUGACAGCCAGAAGGGCUUCGGAGGCCAGGAGCACCUGGCCUGACAUCCACGCAUCCAGCCACAGGAGCAGCUGUGACUCUGGCCUCGUAUGGACAUCAUUUCUCUUAGGAGACCCACUGCUCUUCAAAGAGAAACUAUGCAUGUUCAGAUAUUUUAUCCCAGAGUAAAAAUGGGCACUCCAGGGGAAAAAUGACCUGGGAACAACCAGGGUUAAAUCUCUGGCCAUGCACAGACAUUCAGUUUCUCCUUCAAGAGUCUCUGCUCUCCCAGAAGACGGCGUGAGUGUACAAAUGUUCAGGAUUUUCCUCCCAGGGCAAAUAUGGUGGCUCCAGGAGCAAAAUUACCUGGGUUAAAUCAAUCCCAGGAGAAUUGCUCCUGGGAGAGCAAAUGUCUGUACAGGCUGACCAUGGGCAGUCUGGGUUAGCUUAUCAGGGCUGCCCUAUGCACUAUUGCCAUCUGUUGCAUGACCACCGUGUGCCCUCAGAGGCCAGGGGGGACAGGGGGGCACGGAGAGCUCCCGCAGGCAGCGCCAGCACUGUCGGCAGUGGGAGCAUGGUGGCGGCGAGUGGUGAGCUCCCACAGGUGGCACAGCAUUGUCAGCAGCGGGGACAGGGGGAUGGCAAGUGCCAACCAGCUGUUGGUCACCAUCCGCAGAAGCCGAUGGUGGCGAGGGGGGUGGCAGUGAGCGGUGACCACCUGCAGGCACUACCGGCAGUAUCAGCGGCACUUUUUGCAGGGCAUGCACUGACGUUCACUCACAUGCACCCCCUACUCACACCAAUGAUCUGUUGCCAGGCAGACUAAGAGAGCUGCAGAGUAUACUGAGAGGGGUGCACAGUCCCAACCCCUUUGCCCUGGCUGCAGUGUCAGCACUACAAGCUAUUCACUAUUUAGGACCUCAGCAUUCAAGGGUCUCUACACCUGGCUCCGAGUCAGUUUUUCUACCAUGACAACAGGCCACAUUCAUUAAAUGCAUAUACACAGCCUCUGCCUGCAAGCAGGGUGGGCUUUGGAGACUUUGGGUUGUCUCUCCUGGGUCCCGGGUUCCUGGUAUGUCAGGCUUUUGGAUUGCAAGAAUAUGGACACUUACGGCUGGGAAAUCAUCCCUGCUCUCCACCCUGAUUCCCACCUCAUAUAACCUAUUUUGCAAACAAGCUCAUGCCCAUGUUGCUGCCUCCCCCUGAGCCCAAUUCUGCAGGUUUUGUCCUUCAGUCUCUCCACAAUGAUGUAUCAUGAUGCCUGGGUGCCUGCUGCUCCCCUCAUCCUGCUUUCCCCUGCCCCGUUGUUUCUAAAGCCUUCUCUGCUCGUAAUGCCCCAAACUAAACAUGGUAUUCCUAUAGGCGUUACCUGUUCUCCAUGACGUACUAAUGGACUGGGGAACGGAGCCCCUUUCAGGGACCAAGGACUCCGAUUUCCUAGCUCCUUCCCCUUCCAGUGAAACCACUGAGAUCCAAGGGUUGUUUCCAGUGAUUGGGAGCAGGAGCCAGUUGCACCGGGGGCAUUGCUGUGCAGCCAGGACCCUGGCCUGGGGGCUUUUGGAAGGAACCUCUGGGCAGAGGGCAUGGAUGAAAGGCAGGUUGUUGGGGUGAAGGAGGUAGCUGCCCUAGCAAGUGUUGCCUGUCCUGUGAAGAGUGUGAGAGAGACUGAGUGACAUGUGGCACGCUGUACUAUUGCCAUCAAGGUCCCUUUGCUACUCCCAAAGUUAUUCGACUGAGCGAUUCUGCAACAGGGGCUACCCGAAGAAGUGAAUUACCCAUCAUCAAGCACAGUCUUUCCUUCAUCCCUUUUCCACUAGUCCUGACAAGUCCACUUGCCCUAUCUUGCAAAGGUUUUUUGUAAAGGAAAUAAAUCUUGUGACUUGAAUGACUCUCA